UCACUCGUACACUUUCUCCUGCUGCUGCUUCUCACUCGUUUCAGUUAUUUUUUUUCCUAAUCGCUAUGGCUAAGAUCAAGAUCGGCAUCAAUGGGUUUGGUAGGAUCGGUCGAUUGGUGGCGAGAGUGGCACUCCAGAGCGAUGAUGUGGAGCUCGUCGCUGUUAAUGAUCCUUUCAUCACCACAGAUUACAUGACGUACAUGUUUAAGUACGAUACUGUGCAUGGUCCUUGGAAACACAAUGAUAUCAAGGUUAAGGACUCUAAGACACUUCUCUUUGGUGAUAAAUCAGUCACGGUUUAUGGGCUUCGCAACCCUGAGGAGAUCCCAUGGGGUGAGGCAGGUGCUGAGUACGUUGUUGAGUCAACUGGAGUUUUUACUGACAAGGAUAAAGCCGCAACCCACUUGAAGGGAGGUGCCAAGAAGGUGAUUAUCUCGGCUCCUAGCAAGGAUGCUCCCAUGUUCGUGGUCGGUGUGAAUGAAGAAGAAUACAAGUCUGAUCUCACCAUAGUCUCUAACGCCAGUUGCACGACCAAUUGUCUAGCUCCCCUGGCCAAGGUCAUUCAUGAUAAGUUUGGCAUUGUCGAGGGUUUAAUGACAACAGUACACUCAAUUACUGCCACCCAGAAAACUGUUGAUGGACCAUCUAGCAAGGACUGGAGGGGUGGGAGAGCUGCGAGCUUUAACAUUAUUCCUAGCAGCACUGGAGCUGCCAAGGCUGUUACAAAAGUCCUCCCUGCUUUGAAUGGCAAACUUACAGGUAUGGCUUUCCGCGUUCCUACAGUGGAUGUCUCCGUUGUGGACCUCACUGUUAGGAUUGAGAAAGCUGCUUCAUAUGAUCAGAUAAAGGCUGCAAUCAAGGAAGCGUCCGAGGGCAAACUGAAAGGCAUUCUGGGCUAUGUCGAUGAGGACUUGGUUUCCAUGGACUUCGUGGGCGAUUGCAGGUCGAGCAUUUUCGAUGCCAAGGCUGGGAUUUCUCUCAACGAUAACUUUGUUAAGCUCGUGUCUUGGUACGACAAUGAAUGGGGUUACAGUUCCCGUGUGAUCGACCUGAUCCGUCACAUUGCAAAGACCAAGUGAAGUUCCAGCUUCAGAGUUUGAAUAACUCAAUUUUGCUAGUAUUAAUUAUUAUGUUGAGAAUAAGCUACUGUUCUGUUUGAUUGUGCCUGCGAGCAAAUCGAGUUUGUCUCAAGUGAUAAUUUUCUUAUUCCAGUGUUGCUGGGAGUUCUUAAUUAAUCCAUGCGAUGGAAAUGUUCAUCAAUUGUUUGCUCCUUGGACU